UCUUCCUCCCUUUUCUUUUUCCUCUUUCUCUCUUUCAUUCUCUCUCUCCAUCAUUUGAUGCUGUUUUAAGGAGCUGCUCUCUGAAGCUGGAUUGGAGCGUUGGUGUUGGAUGCAGGAGUGAACAUGAUUUGUGAAAAGCUGUGUCAGUAGGAAGCACAGAGGAUCUGAGGAUUCCCUGGUCCACGAUGUCGUUGGACUGCUUCUGUGAGCUGAAUGAAACUGAAGAGUUUGGUUUUGCUCUGUGCAACAUUACGACAAUGAACCGAACAGGUAACGGGAGCGGAUACUGCCAGACCCAAACGCUGAACGAUAUCCUGUUCAGACUCCUCGGGCCGAGGAGAUCGCCGUUCUUCCUCCCGGUGACUCUAGCCUACAUCCUCAUCUUCAUCACCGGAGUGCUCGGAAACCUGCUGACUUGUAUCGUGAUCAUCAAACACCGGAAAAUGCGGACUCCCACCAACCUGUACCUCUUCAGCCUGGCCGUCUCCGACCUGCUGGUGCUGCUGUUCGGAAUGCCUCUGGAAAUCUACGAACUCUGGCAGAACUACCCGUUCCCGUUCGGCGAGAGCGUCUGCUGGUUCAAGGUCUUCCUGUUUGAAACCGUCUGCUUCGCCUCCGUGCUAAACGUGACAGUCCUGAGCGUGGAGCGCUACGUCGCCGUUGUCCAUCCGCUCAAGACCCGGUACGCUCUCACCAACAAGCAUGCCCAAAAAAUGAUCGGAGGAGUCUGGAUCGUAUCGUUAGUGUGCGCCGUGCCAAACACCUCCCUGCACGGCAUUCACUAUUACUACCUGCCCGAGAAGGUGCUGGAGUCGGCCACCUGCAACCUCCUCAAACCCCAGUGGAUCUACAACCUGGUCAUCCAAGUGACCACGGUUCUGUUCUACUUCGUCCCGAUGAUGGUGAUCUGUGGGCUGUACCUGGUGAUUGGGAUGAAGCUGGGCAGGGAGCAGAAACAGCAGGGCAGGAAACUGGGCAGGAACUGCAGUGCGGACGUCAGCAGGAGGGUUCAGGUGGAGAGCGGGCGCAGGAGACAGGUCACGAAGAUGCUGGCUGUGGUGGUUCUGGUCUUUGCUAUCUGCUGGGCUCCGUUUCACACCGACCGGCUGCUGUGGAGCUUCAUCACGCAGUGGACCGACCGCAUGUACAGCGUCUUCGAGUACGUGCACAUCCUCUCAGGUGUGCUGUUCUACCUGAGCUCUGCGGUGAACCCCAUCAUCUACAACCUGCUGUCCAGCCGCUUCCGCGAGCGCUUCCUGGAGCUGAUGUGCGCUCGGGGGGACGGAAACACGUCCAGGAACAGUUCUCCACCGUCCUACAAACGGACGUCCUACCCUAAAGACCCAACCGCACCCGCCCAAACCAACCCACCAAUCACAGCUGCUCAUCCUGCAGCCCUCCCCCCCUCUGUGAUCUUCAGCAGACGAUGGGAGCAGGACCUGGAGACCUCCUUCAUGUGACAGACGUCCUGCAUUAAAAUACUAAGAAGUAUUAAAGUAUUAACGUAUUAAAGCCGCUCUCAAUUUAGAUGUGUUAAAAUGAUGAACUGCUGUAUUUUUGUACAUAUUUGCAUGUAAAGUUCAAUAGAAAUACACACUGUAAGCACAGAUAGAUUGAAUUUACUUUAAAUUUUUGAGAAAACCAGUUGCCUUAAAAAAGUUUAGAAAUAUCCAAUUUUAUGUAAAACAGAUUUAAAUCAUUUGAGUUCAAACAGCG